AUGUCGCCUCCAUCAGCAAUCGAGCCCCAGCAUGGCAGCGAAACGAAGCCGAGCAAUGCUGCUCCUCUCGAGCCAGGUCUGAACGAAAAGGAAUCUAAGAUGAAGGCCAUUCAGAUCCCCAGCCCACCCAAGUUCGACGAUCCAUACAAGGAGCGAGCCUACCUCAAGGGGAGACUGGCUGCUGCCUUCCGUAUUUUCGGCAAGUAUGGAUAUGACGAGGGCGUUGCUGGACACAUUACCCUGCGUGACCCAGUCAACCCUACGACAUUUUGGGUGAACCCCUUUGGUGUCGCCUUCAGCUUGAUCAAAGCAUCCGACCUAAUCCUUGUAAACCACGAAGGUGAGGUUAUCGAUGGUGGUCCAUGCCGAUUGCUUAAUUCGGCGGCGUAUAUGAUCCAUGCAGCGAUCCAUGCGGCACGCCCUGAUGUCCUCGCAGCAGCCCAUAGCCAUUCGAUCUAUGGUCGUGCCUUCUGCUCGCUCGGCCGUAAACUCGACACCAUCACACAGGACUCGUGUGCGUUUCACAACGACCACGUACUGUACGAGAGCUUCAAUGGUAUUGUGCUGGCUGAAGAGGAGGGCAAGAACAUUGCGCGGGCGCUCGGCGACAAAAAGGCAGCAUUGUUGAUCAACCACGGCCUGUUGACGGUUGGGAAGUCGGUUGAGGAGGCGGUCUUCUGGUUCGUAUCGCUGGACAAGUGCUGCCAGGCGCAGAUGCUGGCAGACGCUGCGGCGGGUGGGCGAGGUGGAGAGACGGUCAAGAUUGGCGAGGAAGAGGCCGUCUUCACAUACAAGAGUGUGGGCUCGCCGCGCGCUGGCUGGUUCAGUGCGAAGCCGCUGUUCGACGUGAUCCACAAAGAGACAGGCGGAGAUUAUCUUGAAUGA